AUGUUGUCUGAUCCCAAAAUUGAUUAUACUGCAGAAUCCGUGAACCACCCCAUCAAGGACGAUCAUGUUGAAGACGGUGAUGCACUGUCUCCAGGCGGCCCUGUCAUUGAUGGAGAGACAAACCGCAAGUUACUACGUAAAAUCGACAUCUGCUUGAUGCCUGUGAUGUGCUUCACAUAUGCACUCCAAUACUACGACAAGGCUCUCCUCAGUCAAGCGGCUAUCUUCGGAUUGAGGGAGGAUCUUGGUCUUAAGGAUGGCUUGAGAUACUCGUGGGUCUCGUUGGUCUUCUAUUUCGGUUACAUGGCAGGCUGUUAUCCCAGAUUCACGGUCGGCAAAGUCUGCCCCGCCAUCUGCUUCUUAUGGGCAGUGGUUGUCCUCUGUACCCCGGCCUGCACAAACUAUACCGGUAUGCUCAUUAACCGGUUCAUGCUUGGGCUUAUUGAAAGCGGAGUGUCGCCCGCCUUCAUGCUCUGCACCGGUAUGUGGUAUACUCACUCCGAGCAAGUGUUUCGUUCCUCGCUAUGGUACUCCUUCAGCGGCGGAUCAAACAUUAUAUCUCCCCUCAUAAACUACGGUCUUGGCCAUAUCACCGGCGGUGCUUUACGCCCAUGGCAAUAUAUGUACCUCAUUGCGGGUCUGGCCACGCUUCUAUGGUCCAUCAUUCUCUGGUUUGUUUUCCCUGGUAGCCCUCAAGUUGCGAAGGGCUUCACGGACGAGGAGCGGAUCCUCAUCCUUGAACGAGUCCGGAGUAACAACGCAGGCUCGGAGAACCGUCACUUCAAGUGGUACCAAGUCCGGGAGGCUCUCUGUUCAUACCAUUUCUGGUUUAUAUUCUCUAUCUCCAUGUUAUCCAGCGUUGGCAGCGGGGCAGUCACCACAUUCGGCUCCAUUAUCUUCAAUGGAAUGGGGUUCACUGUCUUCCAGUCCUUGUUACUAAACAUGCCAAUCGGUGCAUUGGCCUUUAUUUGCAUCCUAGGGUCUGGGUACAUUGGGCGAAAGGUCCCCAACUCACGCCUUUACGUUUUGAGUGGUGCAUUCAGAUGGCAACUUCCCUCCUCCCAGCGCGCCGGACGCAUCAUCGGAUUCUAUCUCAUCAAUUUCUUUUCCUCUGCCUGGGUUCAGUGUAUCGCCAUGGGAACGUCCAACGUGGCCGGGCACACAAAGAAGGCGACGAUGGCUGCAGGGACGUUCGUCGGGUACUCGCUGGGAAAUAUCAUUGGUCCUCUUACAUUUGAUGCCGAAGAUGCUCCGCGGUACGAUCCCGGCUUCCAAGCAACUGUCAUUUGCUUCGGCAUCUGCUUUGUCAUGGCGCAGGUGUUCAGGGCUUUGAUGUAUGCUCAAAACCGAAGACGGGAUAGCAAGUAUGGUUUGCCGACUGGAGAACAGGGGUUAGACGACUUGACUGAUGGAGAAAAUAAGUCAUUCCGGUAUCCUCUGUAG